CGGGCAUGGUCGAAGGUGCCAUUGGCUGGUGGCCGAUUGGGUCGCACCAUCUUCAAGGCACCUUCCCAGUAGAGAAGCUUCCCUUCCACGAGGCAGCUAGGCGUGCCGACCGUCCCAGCUGUGCACCGGGAGUAGCCAACACCCUGGUUCGCGGACCAGUUACGCAGCCGUUUCUUGAAACCUCCAGAGCCACGCGCUGGGGAGGUGGCACCACCACGAGCCUGCCUGGCGCGGUCGUGACGUCAGGCUUACGCUAGUGGCGAUUGGCUGAGGAAAUGUGGCGCGGACGGGCGCUGGCGCGAGUGAUUGGACAUGCCGUUAGGGGGCGGUGUCUGAAGGCGGGGCUUGCUGCGAAGAGCGUUGAAAUACGGCGCACCCCAGCACUUCAAAGCGCUUCCAGCUGGAGUCUCUGUGUUCUAGGUCAGAUCAGACAUUCUGUCACAAUGCCAGAAAUAAAUACCAGCCAUCUUGAUGAACAACAAGUUCAACUUCUGGCAGAGAUGUGUAUUCUUAUUGAUGAAAAUGACAAUAAAAUUGGGGCUGACACCAAGAAAAACUGUCACCUGAAUGAAAACAUUGACAAAGGAUUAUUACAUCGAGCUUUUAGUGUCUUCUUAUUUAAUAAUGAAAAUAAGCUCCUGUUACAGCAGAGAUCAGAUGCUAAAAUUACCUUUCCAGGUUGUUUCACCAAUAGUUGCUGUAGUCAUCCGUUAAGUAAUCCAGGUGAGCUUGAAGAAAACAACGCCAUUGGUGUAAAACGAGCUGCACAGAGGCGCUUAAAAGCUGAAUUGGGAAUUCCCUUAGAAGAGGUUGAUCCAAAUGAAAUGCAUUAUCUGACACGAAUUUACUACAAGGCCCAAUCUGAUGGUAUCUGGGGUGAACAUGAAAUUGAUUAUAUUUUGUUUCUGAAGAAGAAUGUAACCUUGAAUCCAGAUCCCAAUGAGAUUAAAAGCUAUCUCUAUGUAUCAAAGGAAGAACUCAAAGAAAUUAUGAAGAAAGCAGCCAGUGGUGAAAUUAAGUUAACUCCAUGGUUUAAAAUUAUUGUAGACACUUUUCUCUUUAAAUGGUGGGAUAACUUAAACCAUUUGAGUCAGUUUGUUGACCAUGAGAAAAUACAUAGAAUGUGAAUGUGUAAAUGAAUUGAAAAUUUUUUCUACCCAGUAAGAAUGUUUUUUGUUUUCCUUUGUUUUGAACUGGGCUCCUCUUUAUGAUACAUGGGUAUUUUACAACCAGAAUUUGUUUGAGAAAAAAGCCCACUGACUUACAGUUUUGUAUUAUCUAUCCCAUGUAUAUGCACUGAUGUUUGUAAAGGACAAUUUAUGAGAGGUUACUGCAAAAUUAUGCCAUAAAUAAAACUUAAUUUAGCCUGUCCAAAUAUAUGACUAUGUAUAACACGAUUGAAGAAAUAAGUAAAAAUCUUCAUUUUUUUGCAUUUUGACAAACAUUUUCGGAACACUUUGCUAUUUGCCAAGUGGUUUUUUUUAUACCAUUAAAUUAUAUCAUUGUAGAUGAAUUUCUAUGGGUCUUAUUAAAUAAAGACAGAGAAAUGAGCAAAAGAGACUACUUAGCUGCUUCAAAACAGCACUAAAAUAUUAACUGGUCAAGGCUGGGGAUACAGCUCAGUGGUACCAUGAUUGCUUUGCAGUCAUGAGGUCAUGGGUUGUUGAGUCCCUAAUCCUUACAAUAAUUAUAACAAUGAUAACAAGCAGAGCAGGUUCAAGGGAGAGUAAAUGGUAUCCAGUCAUCCCUCAUAAUUUCAGGACCCCCUUCAUAAUCAAAUCUCUGGAUGCUCAAGUCUUAUACAAGAUGACAUUGUAUUUGACUUAUGCACAUCUUUCACACUUUACCUAAUCUCUGGGUUGAUUGUAGCACUGAACACAGUGUAAAUGCUAACAUAAAUGAUUGUUUUACUAUGCUUUGUGAUAAGUGAAAGUCUACAUGUCUGCAUAUUCAGUACAUAUCAAAUAUUAAUAUAUGAUUGGUUUGAAACCUUGGGUGGUUGGCCCACAGAUUGGAAAGGCCUGUUCUGUAUGCUGAUUUUUGUCACUUUUGGUUGAUUUUGUGCUUUAACCAUUCUGAAAUUAUUUUACUACUUAAAGUUAACUAUUACUUCUAGUGGUAAUGAUAACUGCUUAACUUUUAAAUAGUUAUUUACCAUUUAGCAAAAUCUGUUCAUAAUUAUAUGGAAGGGAUGUUAGUCAUAAGGUGGGAAUAAGUUCUUUACAAGAGUUGAGAAAACUCUUUCCACUACCAGCACUGGGCCUGGUUAAUCUUGUUGUAGGUGUCUGACCUAUGUUGGAUGUUUAGUAGUAUCUCUGCACCCUGUACAUUCAAUAUCAUUUAGCACUCCUUUGCUAAGACAACUCCCCUCAAAAAAUGGGGGUGGGGUGGGUUUUGAGACAGGGUUUCUCUGUGUUGC